AUGGGGAGAGCUGCAAGAUGGUUGAAGGGUCUGUUGGGGAUGAAGAAAGAAAAAGACCCUCUUGAGCUUCCAAGUAGUGAUACCAAUACUACCCGGCCUGCUGAUCGGAAAGAUAAGAGAAGGUGGAGUUUCGGCAAGUCAUUGAAAGAUGGAACUCCAAUUAGUCAUGUCCCGGCUAAUCUCCCGCCGAAUAUUUCCCCUGCUGACUCAGCCUGGCUCAGAUCAUAUCUUGCCGAGACAGACAAGGAACAGAACAAGCACGCAAUUGCGGUGGCUGCUGCCACUGCCGCCGCCGCUGACGCCGCUGUGGCUGCUGCACAGGCGGCGGUGGCGGUUGUGAGGCUGACGAGCAAGGGCUCCGGAGGACAGUUGUUUGGAAAGAGAGAGAGAUGGGCGGCCAUGAAGAUUCAGACUGUUUUCAGAGGCUAUUUGGCGAGGAAGGCACACCGAGCUCUCAGAGGACUGGUUAAGUUGCAGGCUCUUGUUAGAGGUUUUCUUGUAAGGAAACGAGCAGCUGCUACUCUUCUUGGUAUGCAAGCUCUUAUUAGAGCACAGACAAGUGUCCGAUACCAGCGAGCACGUCGGUCUUUCAAUAAAGAAAACAGGUUCCUUCCCGAAAGCAGGCCUAGGAAGUCUAUUGAGAGAUUUGAUGAAGCAAGAAGUGAAUUCUACAGCAAGAGGCUUUCUGCAUCUUAUGAACCUUCUCUUAAUAGCUUUGAUGAAAGCCCAAAGAUCGUUGAAAUUGACACCUUCAAAACCAGAUCCAGGUCUCGUCGAUUCAACACCAUCUUAUCUGAAUGUGGCGAAGACAUGCAUUACACCUCUUCCCCUCUGCCAUGUCCAAUUCCAACUCGCAUUUCUGUACCUGAGGGCCAUCAGCUUCAGGAUUAUGAAUGGUAUUUCAAUCCUGAUGAAUGCAAGUACACCACCGCCCAUAGUACUCCGCGUUUAGCCAGCUCUUUUCGGUCUAAUGCACCCAAUACACCUGCCAAGAGUGUUUGUGGAGACAGCUUCUUCCUGCCUUGCUCAAACUGCCCAAACUAUAUGUCAAGCACCAAGUCAUUCAAGGCCAAAUCAAGGUCCCACAGUGCCCCGAAGCAAAGGCCUGAACCCCUGCCUAGGAAGAAGCUUUCCCUUGAUGAAAUAAUGGCAGCAAGAAACAGCGUUAGUGGCAUUCGAAUGCAUCGGCCCUACAACCAAGUCCAAGAAGUCUUGAAUUAUUGA